AUUAGCCAGAUACCGGCGUGACCUAUUUUAAGCUACUGUAUGGUACAUAUGGUGUUUUUAACGUGAUUUGUAGGUUUGUGACAAUGCCUGGAAAGGAAACUAAUAAUACACAAUGUUCGAGAGACGUAACAGACGACGUAUUGCCCAUACCUAUACAAAUAUUUUUAUGGAAACAAGUGAGUCCAUUUGUUCGGCCGAAGCUUGGAAAACACCAUGAAGCUUCCUGUGUGUUUUGUCAGCAGGCAAGCAUAGGCCACCAUGAGUUAAAAGAAGCCUGCAAAGUAUACGAAAAGGUUGUAGUACAAAACAUUCAAAGCGGUCUAAAACCGGAUAUUGCAGAAAUUAUUAGGUCUGUUCCAAGAUGGAAACUGAUACAGGCUUCGUUACCAUAUGUGAUGCACUCAGUCUCAUCAGUCCUGCACAACAGAUUGAAAGACGGAAAUCUGCAAACUUUAGGGGCAGUAGAGACAAAGCUUCUGUAUACCUUACACUGGAUUAUAUUAGACGCGGGAGAAGAAUGUUCAGAUGAAGAUUUUGAAAAAGGCGUUUUUCAUCCUUCUCCUUUUUACUACAUUUUCCCGAUAUCCAGCAUCGCGUUAUUCAUCUAUCUGUUUGCACCUAUCUGCAACAAUUUGAAAGAAUCUGACUUCCAAAAUUUCCGGCUGGAGAAUGGCCUGAAAAUUUGGCAAGCCUUGUGGGAUUUCAAACAUCCGGAUGCUGCUUGCUUCUUUACCCAGUGCAAGCCGGAACCAAGGUUUCUCAGUGGCAAACGACCCAGGAGCAAGCAAUUUGGAGACGUUUUUGUAGGAAGAAAACCAUCACAAGAAGAUCCACUAGCUAGAGACAGUCCAACAAUGAGCCACGCUGUAAGCGCGUCCAGCUCAGACCAACCAUCUUUUCCUAUGUCUGGAGCUCCGUCUACAGUUACGAUUACAGCAACUAUUACGAAAAUCGAUGAUGAGGGCGGCUGGGUGUCGUCACCAAAAGACACCGCCUUUCCAGAAACCAUUCCUGAAGAAAGCUCCAGCACCGAGGAAGAGCAUGUCGUUAUAUUUAGAUUGCCGUCACUGCACGAAUCUGAUGGAUUCUUGAGAGAUCCUUCUAUUUACACGGCCGAAACAAGCAUUAUUCAAUUGGCGAUGAGAAGAAAUGGGGCUGGACGAAGUAAUAAGGUAGAUCAAGCAGCUGUUACUGCAAGUACCGAUAAUAAGUCAACCGGAAAACCGCCUAUGCAAAAGGCUGGGUCCUCAACCGACAAAGAUUCACUUGACAGUAGCAAAGUACCAUCAGUAGAAGCACAGCAGAAGGAAGAAGCCGGCAAGCCGCUAGAUCAUGAACAUAAGGUAAAUGCGGCGACUUUUUUGGAUGUGGCUGUACUACGUUGUCUCUUCAUGACUCAUUGGCAAGAAGAUGGGAUUUAUUGGGCAUUGGCUUUUCUAUACAACAGACUUCGAGAGAUCAACGAAGAAGCUUCUAACCAACAGCAACCUAGGAGGAGGAGCAAUUCCUUGCCGAUACCCAAGAUUGAAGUGUCUUUAUAUCAGAGCAAUGAUUUCAAAAAGUCGUCUGAUCACAACCAGAAAGAUUUCAUCGAGGUUCCCGAGCCGAAAGACGUAUCUCUUUUAGCAGAGUGUCCGUAUUCAUCACAAGCAAAAUCUGACGAAUCCCUGCAUAAGAGAGCGGGGAGCGAAAAGAGUAAGAGAAGGAUGAAGAUAGCUGAUUUAAAAACAUUUGUUGAAACCAAGCUAUUAUCGAAAUCGGAGAAGGCGUUAGAAAAAAUUGGACAAGAAGAACCGAAAUCGCUGGGACAAGUAUCGGUGGGUUCAAGAAGAUUUCUAAAUCAGGAAUGUCAUAGGAGUCUAGAUACCGGAGAUGACACUUUGUCGUCUAGGCCACAAUCGUCGUUUUCAAAAAUCUUCGAGCCGCCUAGCAACCUUGUGAAAGGGAAAAGCAUGCCUAGCCUCAGCUGUUUAAUUGAUGAACUUAACGCUGGUGGAUAUACAGACGAGACUCAUUGGGAAUGUACACGCAGCAGCAGAUUGACCAAUUCCCAGCCAAUGACAAACCCGAUUAUCACAGUUACUGAACAUACUCCAACACCUUCACCUGACUACUUGAAGAAGGAGACCUACGCUCAAAGUUCAAUGGAUAGCCAGCUGGAUGCUGCGAGCCUUUCCGGCAGCAAGUUGAGUGGCUGGCAAGAUAGGAAGUCAAGCUUAACGAGAUCCCAAACAGAUUCAAAUAUAACAUAUGCUGGUGAAGAGGUUCAAGAGGCUCAUGGAUCAACAAGAUAUAUAACAAGAGACGGCGAGAUGGACUUGCAAGUAGUUUUAAAGGCAGUGCACAGAACUGCAGUCAGAGAAAACACUUCAUGUACUCUUCGAGUGCUAGAAGUCAUCUUGAACCUUGCGGAGCUGCUCUUGGACAUGGGUGUCCUGAAGCAGUGCUUAAGGGAUGAGGUCAUGGCGAAUAUUUCCAGUUCCAAAAAGGAAGCGAAAUUCUCCGGGGUUACCAAGGUAUCUCCAGGUUCAACUGCAGAUACUCCGUAUAGCAGUGACGCCGAGAAGACUGAAAAGAAAGUUUCUCCACAUAGGAUGAUGAUGAAUAUUAUUGUUAGAGUUUUGAAGCAUCUCGGAUGUCCACAUGGAUGUAUGGAUGGCCAGAGAGGCCCAGCAGCAGAGUUUCUACGGACGCAGUGUCAAAACAUUUUCUCCAAACUGAAUAGAGCCAGCGGCAAUAUGUUGAAAAAAUACUUGAGAGACUUCGUUAGGUACCAGCCGAUGAACGACAUACUCGAUUUCUUUCACGCUUAUUUAGGAUAUUGCGUGGAUCCCAGCUCCUUGUUAUCACCUCUGAAUCAGAAUCAGACACAAACUCAAAGUCAGAAUCAGAAGACGAGGUGCAUCAGCCGUUCUCCGGAAGCGGUGUCAGGGGGUGGUGAUAAUCAUCGUCGGUAUGACGCAGGCGCAGGAGUGGGCAGGUCUAGGGGAAUUGAGGGGCAGGUCGUAGGAUGCGCUUUCAAGCAAAUGGUCACACGAUUCAUCGAGGCGAGCAAAGAAAUCAAGACGUCGGAAAAUUUGGCAACCUAUUGUGAAAUUCGCCAAAUGAUGACCUACGUGAAAGAAGCUCACGGUAGCGUCUUCAGAAAAGUUGCUUUGAGCGCUCUCAUCGACACCGCGGACAGACCGUCAAAAAAAGAACCAGCCACACAGACCACCAGAGUAAUUAGGCACAUGCAUCCAUCGGAAAUUGAAGAUAUACCGGACGCACCAACGGACAGCCAGUCUUUCAGCGUAGACGACAAAGGCAUCAGAAAGCAACUGUUCAAGAAACGAAGCACCUCUUCAACAUGUGCUAGUCUCCUUGAAACAGAAGCAGAAGAAUUACUGAGAACCAGUCAAAGUCCUUUAGGGAAUUUGAGAAAAAAACACCAUGUUUUGACGCCGAGGCACAGCGAAAGAGCUUUGGGAAUCGCAAUGGAUCCAUCAGUCUGCAUGAAGUCAAAAAGAUCCAAAUUCGGAGGAAUAGUCAACUGGUUCAAAAAGGGAGACAGUUCAUCUACAGAUGAUCAAGAAAUGCGAGAUAAUGGGGAAUCCGUCACCGACACAGCCAGUUUUGUGAGAAAGCCUUCGGUAUACUAUCAAAAACCAAGCAAAAGCAAUGUUAUAAAGAAGGCCAAACGGAGGAUGGAGGGAAAGUUCAAAUUUGUCUUGAAGAAAGGGAAAAGAAAGAUGGUGGUUCGGAGGACUCCGGAGCUGGCCAUUUCAGCAGGAAAAACUCCUUCGACCAGGGAGAGACUUCCAGGGAAUCAGAAUUUGUUGUGCUCAAAGAAAGGAAGCUUGUAUCUACAACGCUUGUACAUGAGGGAGUAGCGAGGCUGUCAUUUCUGCUAGAAACUUGUCCACCUGGAUCGGUGCCAGACGCGCAUCUUUUAGCAUCAACGUUGGAUCUGCCUCACUCGACAGUGGUAGCUAGAGCCGCAUUAUUGCUGGAAUGCGCGUCCUUCGUCCACAGCUGCAAUAAAGGGCAAUGGCCAUCCUGGAUGAAAUUGUCAUUUCCGGUGUUCAGGCCAUCAGGGCCCCUCCCGCAUAGGGGGAAUAAUCCAGGCAUAAGGAGAUCGCACAUUUUACAGAGUACGGCGGGAAAGAUGUUUCAUCAGUGGGCAGAGACUAUCGGUCAGCGUCUAGAAGAAAUGAUGAAGGAAGACAAAAUCUUCAGCCGGCAAUUACAGAAAUCGUGUCCGAUGAACAGAAGCAGAAAGAGCUACUGAUCCAAGACGAAGAAGAAGAUUUCUUAGAUGAAGCUAGUAUUGAAACAUACGGAUCGUCAUGUCCCAUGCCGCUAAGGAUCGUCGCUUGUGUGUUGCUACACGAAAUCACAGCAUUUCUCAGGGAGACCUACCAAACUCUACCCAAAUCGUCGAGGAUUGUCAGCAAGGACAGACCUCCUCCAUGGGAGAAAUUGUAUAGCAAGGAAGCGAACCGAAGGUGGAGCAUGGCUUUGAGUUCUAUGGGUCAUUCUCAAACUUCGGCGCAAAGCUUGCAAAGCAUUGCGGGCGGCGAUCCCGGACAAGCCGAGAGAAAAAUUAGUUUUGUAUUACAUGAACCAGACAACGAAUCAGAGGGUAGCAGUAAUACGACAGUCACAAUGCAGACCAAUCAAGGAGAAGAGCCAAAACGAAUGGCACAUCAACCAAGACCUCAUCUUCUUAGAAGAGGAACAGCCGCUCAAACCGGUGGAUCUUUCAAAAGACGAAGCCUGAAAUUGCGAAGAGGCACGAAAGAAGGAAAAGACAUGGAUAUGGAGGCAUUCAGAAACAGCUAUGCUUCUGCCGGGAGAAUUCCCGAGUCUGUCAAAAGAACCGAUUCGAUCCAAUCGAAGCGAAAGGUGAGCUCUUUAUCGGACAGAAGUGACACAUCAGAACCUGGCGGUGCAGGAGAUGCGAGCGAAGAGGAGUCUACCGGAGUGCCAAGUGACGAGCAGCCUCCAGAGAGUCCAAGUGAUAGCAAUGACACGGACGACACGUCCAGAAACAUGCCGUGGUUGAAGGUAAUGGUGGAUGUAUCAAAUUCUCUCUACUACUACUGUCCACAUCAGAGCUUCUGCCAUCCCUUUUGUUACCGCAGAGUGAUGAGGGGUUGUGGGAGGCUCAUCAAGGCUGUGCGUAAGGUGUACGGUGAACAAUUUGGAAUUGUAGAAGACCGAUUAAGUAUGGAUUCCGUGGGGAAAAAAAAGAACAAGAAAGAUAAGAAUCAAAGUAGAAAGGUUUCGGAUCAAACCAGUUCAACGGUUUCACCGAUCAGGCGUAAAGACAGCGUUGGAAAGAAAGACAAGAUUGAUAAAUCGUUUGAUAGUUCGCAGCUAGGAAAAAACACUUCCAAGGAAUCAUCACGAGAUGUUCUAGAUUCGGAAAGUGGUGAUGUUAAAGGCAAGAUUAACGAAGAGAAAACCAAAUGUGAUCCUCCCCCAAUUCUGAAAUAUAUUCAUGGAUAUGUGAAAGACGCCUUUCAUGCUCCACUAGCAACCCUCAUUAAAGGUGCCGCGGUGUUGCCUGAAGACCAAUUUCCGGAAAUAAUUCCCGUGGCCUGGCAACUGCUUUUAGAGACGAAUCAGGAGGUAGCAGCAUGUGCCGCAUCCAUAUUUAUUUUAGCUGCUGUGAAGGCACCACAACAGGUGUCCGAUAUUAUGCAACAUGGGCUUUCCCAUCCGGACUGUUCCGUGAGAAUUAAUGCUAUUUUGAGGUUCCAAGUUCUUUGGAAGAUGAGAUACCAAGCGUGGUCCCGAAUGGAAGAAAAUGCUCAAAUGUUGUUUAAAGUUCCACCACCUGGAAUUGAAUUUACACUUCCAUCUCCAAAAAUUGGUAUCGAAUCUCUUGAAGUAGUGGAUGCACCUUGGGUCCCUUCGGUUAAAACAAAGGUCGAAGAAGUUACCAUCAACCAGGAGAGACACAGGUCAUUGGUGACUGCAACGAAAACAAGGAAGAAGCAACAAACUGAGUUGAUCAAAAUGGCUCUGCAGGCGCAGGAUGACAAAAAAAGAGAAGAACGAGAAAAAUUUUUGAUCACUACAAUACCUAUCACUAUACAAGCCGCUCACGAGCCAAGUCUGCACCAUGCGAGUGAGGAGCACGAAGAAGUGGACGAAGAGCAGGCGGACGGUCCGCCCAGAAACACCGCAACUCACCAUCUACAUUCAGCUCAUUCCCUUUUCCCAUCUUGCCUUUGUUCGGCAGUUGUACAAAUAAUCAACUUACUCGACGACGCCGCAGUAUCUGUCGAUGGAAACGCAGUCUAUGAAGUCGCGUAUCAAGUAAUAUGGACUUGUUUGGUGGAGGACAGUGCGCUAUUUUUGAGAUAUAUCCUUGAGCGGCUGACAAGAGAGAAGCAGGAUCUUAUGAUAAAAAUACUUAGACAUUUGAUAAGAUUCAUUCCGAAGCUACCCCAGCAGGCAGCAUUCGCCCUUUAUAACUACAUCAUAGGAUAUGUCAUGUUCUACGUAAGGACACCGCAUGAAAACGGUCAGCAGCUGAUUGGGUCAGCUUUGUCCUUACUUUGGAUGGUUGUCCACAGCGUUCACGGAAUAAUGUUCAAAGAUCUGAAACAAAUUUUAAGGAAAGAACAAUGCGAUGCUUCAAUCCUCUUAACUGCAAAUGUCCCAUCGGCAAAGAAAAUAAUUGUCCAUGGACCUCAAGAUCCAGAUGCUGGGGGUAUUCCGUCACAGUUUCCCGUUCAGGAAGAUACGCAAUUCUAUCAGAUCCUGCGAGAAUCGCUAGACUUUUUCGGCAUUGACGAAAACAAGCACAAGGAAUAUUUCUUGGUAGACUAUAAAACCCAUCAAAUUCGUAAUCCAUCAGCUUACGUUCGCGAUUUUUAUUUCUUCAAGAGGUCUCAGUAUCCGCAAUUAGAAUUGGUUCAUAUGGACCCAGAUGCAGCAUUCAAUGCCUUGCAGCAGCAUGAGCUCGUUCACAAAUUUGUCGAAAUAGGAAAAGUUUUACUAACCUGGGCUAUAUUGAAGAACGUGGAUAUGGUUGUACAAAGAGUGGUAUUUCUUCACGAAGAGCUAAUGAAACUGCCGUCCUUUCCGAGAAAAGCCUUAGAAUCUAGCUUGGAACUAUAUAAGUCAGGUCCCUUGGGUAAAGAGCUUCUCGGAUUGGAUGUUUUACAUAAGUUUAUGUGGGUUAGGCUGAUUGCUAGAAUGUUCGAAGCUAUGGCUGGCAAUUUCGCUUACUCCGGAGAUAUCCACCUCUUCGUUAACGUACUCAAUGGAGCUGUGGUUCUACACUCGGAAGAUGCAUGUAUUUUAAGAUACGUUAUGGCUACCUAUAUCAAUGCAGCGUUCCAUUUCAAAAACAUAUUUUCAACUAACGGCUACUUAUUGAUUAUGCCAACUUUGUUGAAGAUAUAUUCCAACCAUCAAUCCAACAAACUAGUAACUACUACGAUCGAAUAUGCAGUGAAGCAAUUUUAUAUGAUGAACAGAAAACCGUUCAUAUUGCAGAUGUUUGGAUCUGUAUCAGCUAUGUUGGACACCGAUGAAGAAGGCACUUUCGGAGAUGCCCAUAAGAUACAAUCAAGCUGUCUGUUUAAUUUAUUACUCAGUUUGGAAACUCCAUCUCCGGAUCCUUUGAAUAUUGCAGAGUUGGUGAAAGAGGACAAGCCUCUGAAGGCCAUAGAUUUUUGUUAUCACGACGAGAACGAAAUGGUUACCAUUCUGGAUUGUAUUUCCAUGUGUGUGAUGGUAGUAUCGUAUGCUUCGGAGAGUGUCAGGGGCUAUCAAAUGCUGAUUAUACUGGAGGCUAUUCUACCGUGUUACGUGAAGCAAAUUCAAAAACCUUCGUACAACAAAGAAGGAAAGGCAGAAAAAGAGAUUAUACACCAGCUGGCUGUGGCGAUAAGGACACUCGUCAACAACUGCGAGGCACUGACUAAAAAUUUCUACCGGAGAAGCUAUAACGGUCCUUAUAAAUCAAGUCCUGAACACAAAGGUUCUAGCCAAAGGAACUACAGUAGAGGGCCGUAUUCGCCUGGGUUUGACUUUGAGGACGACUCUCAUUCUAAAUUCAUGAGCGAACAUUCCAGGGCGAAAAGCAUGUACGACCACGAGGUAGAGGAUUCUGAGGUGCUGAGAGCCGAGUAUCGUAGACCGAGGGACGUUCUUCUAUCGUUGGUAGGAGAGUUUGUGAACAGAGCGUCGAUGCGCCUGCAAGAAUUGUAUAAAAAGAAUGACUGCGACGGAAAAGUCGUUGAGUUGCUGGAUAUUAGGUCGCACAUCCGCCUGGCUGAUAUAGCUCAUACCCUGCUCAAAGUUUCUCCUUACGAUCCCGAAUCAAUGGGAUGCAGAGGUCUUCAACAUUACAUGGGCUACAUUUUACCAUCGGCUGAUUGGUCGAACGAUGCCAUGCGGCCGGCAUUAGUUACGAUUUUACGCCGGCUGGACAAGGUUUUCCAGAAGAUAUCGAAAAAGCCUUCGAUAAGAAGGAAUACGGAUUGGGAUGCGGCAGCAGGAUUGCUCAAAGGAAUUUACGAUACGAUGAUUAAACAUUCGUACAUUGUCCACUGGUCACAAAUUAAGGCUUUAAUUAAUACUUGUCAGAGCCUGAUUGUGAGCGAUUUGGUCCCUGCAGAAGGCGUGUCUGGUGCUACGGUUGCUCUUAUGAGCCAAGCUCCCCCCGCACACUUCUGUUCGAUGGUCGUUAGGCUUAUAGCUUUACAAAUACAAAACGGCCAGGACUCUUGCACCUUAGAACAAGUCUGCGGAGGCAGUUCGUUGUUUCCAAGCCAAGAGAAGACUGAGAGUAUGAUAAUAAACCUCGUUAUGCCACUGUGUUUGAGAGUUGGAUCCGGCAGAAAAGACGUUCCACAGAUGAAGCCUAGCGAUGUCAGCUUCUCGCUAACGUUGAUUCUCCACGCCAUGAGCCCUCCCAAUAUAAAGACAGCUGGACCAUCAGGGGCUAACGUGAAACCAGUGGCAGAAAUAAGGACCGGUAGCCUUACCUUUACAGGAACUAGGGACACGAAAACCUCAGCUAAAAUAAACAGCUCUCUGUAUCAAGUGGCAUUUUUAGCUCUAAAAAUUAUGAGUAUCUGCUUCGAAAACGAACUAACAAUGGAAUGGAUGAAAAUAGGAAGAACCAUGAGAGAACUAGGAAAACGUAAUGAAGCAGCUAGCUAUUUAUGGGACUUUCUUGACUUUGUGGUGACGCAUCGAACUACGCUGUACAUUUUGAUGCAACCUUUCAUUUUUUUGAAGUUAGCUCAGCCGCCAAUAUCCGAUUUCGAAAGAAACAUGCAUACGAAAAUAAGAAACAAAAUGAGAAGCAUCGAUUUGCCUUUGCCGAAAGGUAAAGGGGCGCUGCUUAUGGAACUGGCUCAGGAGAUGAAAGUUUUGAAAGAGGAAUUAGACGAGUCUACCGAAUCAUCCUCUGAAGCGAAGAAACCGGAUUCAACGCCGACUUGUCAAGUGACCAGCGAGGUUCAACAGCCAAGACAUCAGAGGCAUUCUCUCAUCGGUUUGUUCACUAGCGAAGGACACCACGGAUCAAAAGCUGCACCGGCUCACUCUCAGAUCAAAGAAUCUUCAACAAGUACCAGCCACGUAUCUACUCCAAACCAAGGGAAUACAGUGAGUAGUGAAGGACAUGAUACAAACGCAAACGGCAGUUCUGCAACUUGUAAUAUCCCAGGUGAAACUUCAACAACUCCACUUAGUGCAACCAGCCCGGUAGACGACAGUUCUGGGGAAACAUUUAGCAAGCCGCGGCUGCAAAGAAUCAAACCUCAAAGUCGUAAGACAUUUCGCCUGAAGAGAAGUCGUAAAGGGGAGAGCGAGACGUCGCAUACCAGACUAGACUCUGAAGAUUGCAGUCCUCCAACGUCUCAACAUUCUCAUUCGUUGGACAUUUAUUCGCCUCCAUUGACUCCCGUAAUAAUGACAACGCAGACGGAAGAAUCCUGCGGAUCACCUUCUGACGGAGCAAAAGAUCAACAGGGAACAUCAGCGUCGACCGCAGUUAUCGACGAUAAGAAACAGCAGACACUUUUGUCACAAACCGAGCAAAUCGCAACUCAAGAUUCUCAUCGUUUGCGGAUCGCUACUAGAGGAAAGAUGACAGAUGGAUCGUGGGAUGAAGACUCUGCCAUAUCUCAAACGUCCAGCACGUCUGGGUAUAGGGAAUCGUAUCCCGUAAUGCACUUAAAAGAAUCUCUAGAGACGUCAUUGAAGCCUUUUCCACCUUUAGCGUCUCCGGACAUCAAUAGCUUUCCAUCUACGAGCAGCGCUGCCACAACGGACAACUUCUUUCACUUGGACAACUCGUCUCCAGACUGUUCCCUGAACGAAAAUGGUGAAAAGACGGCACUCCUCGGACAAACCGAGAGAUCUUCCUCGCAGCAUUCGUUGCUGAUGGUUUUUGAUCAUCAGGAUGAGACAACGUUUAUGUAAUAUCCAACUAGUCGUUUUCAGUAAUUCCUGUUAUGUAUAUGGUCGAAAAUUGAGAGAACAGAUGAUUAAGAUCAUCCACUUCACCAUCUACCUAGCAGAAGGAUGAAUCUCUUAAUCUUAUUUUGAAAAGGUAUGGAGAAAUUUUCCUAGUUUUUUUUAUUGAUGUUACAAUUGAAGGCGUGUGGAAUCCACGUUUUAUGUAGCAGAUAGUAUGUG